AUGAAUAAGCCAAGACCUAGAUCAUUUUCUGCAACCCCUUCAGCUGAACAGACAAGUAAAAAUGUUAUUACGGCAUCCGCUAAAGGGUUACUCACCGAACAACAAGUUAACAAGCUUACUGCUCAACUAGCGAAUAUUCGACAAAGUACAAAUGGGAAAAGUUUCGAAACAAUUAAUAAAUCACGCGUUUCUCAAUAUAAAUCUACAAUCGAAGAAUCAUUUUAUGAUGAACAAGAAUUCAUUAGCGCACCGCUGAAUUCCAGAGUCCUUCAUUUGUCAUCAAAGCGGGAUAUCAAUGACAAGGACUUGACAAUAGGCUUAUUGCCACUGCAAUUACAAGAAUAUGCAAUUAUCGAAGACUUAUUAUUCGUGAUGAUGGGGAUUGAAGGCAAAUAUAUAUUAAUGGAUUUUUCCGAAGAUCUUACGGAAGAACAACCAUUGAGUGGGUUUAAUUAUUACGUGGACGAAUCAUUAGAUCCCUCUUUAAAGGACUUGACCGAACGUAUUUUACCUCUUGCUACUUACUAUUCUUCAAUUGAUGCUUUUAUUGAAAAACAUUCCAAGUUUGAGUAUGGAUUUGUGAGUCAUGCUUUAUGUGCGGCAAUGCGUGGAUUAUUAAAGGAAUAUCUUAUUCUAAUCACGCAAUUAGAACACCAAUUUAGAACUUCGCCUUCUUUUACUCUCCAAAAAGUUUGGUUCUAUGUGCACCCAACUUUACAUACAAUGUCAAAUAUUCAUUCACUGAUAAUGGACAUUCAAGACGCAGCACAAUAUGCAAGUGAAGAAGAUGAUGAUAUUUUGAUAGUUGAAGGUUUCAAUAACAAAAAAGAUGAGAUACCACAACAGAUCAAAGGUGGUUGUAUUUUAACUAUAUUGGUUGACAGAAUGACUACAAUGAGCGGUGAUCCGGCAACAAAAAAACUUUACAUGUACUUACUUUCAAAAACCUCACAGCCUUAUGUAUCAAUGCUGCAUUCUUGGAUACAUCACGGUGAAAUUCGAGAUCCAUACGAAGAGUUUAUGAUACAGGAGCGUAAGAAUGUUAAAAAAGAAAACUUGAAAGAAGACUUUAACGAUGCAUACUGGGAAGCCCGUUAUACAAUUCGGGAUAAGACUAUGCCCCCAUUUUUGAUCCCAUUUAAAAAGAAAAUAUUAUUAGCCGGUAAAUAUCUUAAUGUGAUUCGUGAAUGCGGUAUCGCAAUCAAAGAACCACAACAGCAGUCGAUAGAAGAUGUUGUUGGAAAAGAUGGAGUUGAUAGAACCGACGUAAACGUGAAUAGUGACAUUCUGGUGGCCAUGGAUGGUGGGAGGUUCGUGGAUAAUAUUGAGAUUGCUUAUAAAUGCGCCAACGGAACCUUAUUAGAUCUAUUGCUGAAGGAUCAACAGUUAAUCGCUCGUUUACGAUCGAUCAAGCGAUAUUUCUUCCUUGACCAAUCUGACUUCUUUACGCACUUUCUUGAUCUUGCUUCAACUGAACUGAAAAAGCCCUCCAAAGAUGUUUCUCUCACAAAACUUCAGUCUCUUCUUGAUUUAGUCCUUCGCAAUCCUUCUUCAGUUGCAUACACUGAUCCAUUUAAGGAAGAUGUAAAAGUCGAAAUGAGCACUGUUGGUCUUGUAGAUCAAUUGUUGCGUAUUAUAAAUGUUGCUGGAAUGAUGGAACCAACUCCCACAUUUAGUAGGACAAAUCGUUUAGUCGAAAGUUUCGCUUUCAGAAAAGAGAAUGGUAAAAUGGGAGAUGAAAGCGAAAAUGAGGGUUCAGAGGAUGGUGUGGGAAGUGGUACUGAAAAACCAGGAUAUGCUUCUAGUGUGGCAGGUAGCAUUGCUGGAAGUAUUGUUAGCAGUUUGUCUGGAAGUAUAUCCGGAAGUAUCAUGGGUGGGAGUAACAAACAACCAUUAACAGGAAUCGAAGCGCUCACUUUGGACUAUAUUGUUACUUUUCCAUUAUCUUUAGUUAUUUCUCGUAAAGCACUUACUAAAUAUCAACUAUUAUUUAGACAUUUACUCUACUUGAAAUAUAUUGAACAAUUAUUAUGUAAUACGUGGACUGAACACGCAAAAUCAUUUCAUUGGCGACGUGGCUCAGGUCAUCCAGCUUUAGAAGCGUGGAAAAGUCGUGCUUUUGCUCUCAGGCAAAGGAUGUUGGUUUUCGUACAGCAGUUUGCUUACUAUGUAACGAGUGAAGUUUUAGAACCGCAAUGGAGAAAUUUAGAGGCUAAUCUAGCUAAGGUUUCUACGAUUGAUCAAGUACUGCAAUAUCAUUCUGAUUUCUUGGACACUUGUCUUAAAGAAUGCAUGUUAACUAAUGCUAAGUUAUUGAGAAUUUAUGCGAAAAUGAUACAUACAAUAGUAUUAUUUUGUCUUUAUCAUGAGAAAUUCAUAAAAUCACUUAUUUCACUUGAGUCACAAGUGGAAUCAUCCAUUCCAUUACAAAUGGAUUCAACAGAUCGUACAUUACAUAAAUUUGAAGAUAAUUUCUUUUAUCAUAUCAAAUUAUUAAUUGAAGCUUUAAAUUUCUAUUCAGCUACGGAAACGGUUCAAUUUUUAUGUUUGGUAGUUAGAUUGGAUUAUAACUUGUUUUAUGCCAAUCAAGAGGGAACGAGUAAUAUAUCCGCAGUAAGAUGA